AUGUGAAUAGGACUUUCAAGCAGUUAACAGACUCUACUCCUAUUGAUUGUAUGGCAUGUUUUCGGCAUGGUAGCCCAUCGUGCAAUUGCCUUUGUGAAAAACUAGUAGGCACAUGUUUGACAGAAGUAUUAUUCUUCAAGAUCCUUAUGCUAAGCUAGUGGAGGGUCGCAGAUAUUUUGGAGACACCAUAAAAAAAAAAUGUCUAAGUUUCUUGGAACUUAUGAUUUUACUGCCUUGCCUUUUGAUUGGGGUACUGAUUACAAGUUUCCAGAUAUACCUGAGAAGGAUCUUGUUAUAUACAAAAUGAAUGUCCGUGCCUUUACUGUUGAUGAAUCAAGUGGACUUGAUCCAGACAUUCGUGGCAGCUAUCUUGGUGUAAUUGACAAGAUCCCAUAUCUGUUGGAGCUCGGCAUCAAUGCUGUGGAACUGUUGCCAGUUUUUGAGUUUGAUGAGUUUGAAUUUCAGAGACAUCCAAAUUCAGAUCACAUGGUAAGAGAAUCUUGUUACUUCACCUUGAUGCAUUUGAAGGUUUAUAUUUCUAUCUAAAGGUCAAUGUUUGCUGAUGUAGAGAUUAUCUGCUAUUCUUUUGUAUCAGUCUCUUAACAGUUUCUCUCUUUAUAAUUUCUCUUUUCA